AUGCUGGGUCAUGAUGAGGAGGCAGGAGUCCAGCAGCAGAUCAGCACAGGUAUGAAGAUCCAGGCAGGGAGCGAACACGUCGGCUGCAGCAAGGUGGCAGAGAGUCCGGAGCAGCGUCAGGAGGAGGUCCGGCUCUGUUCGGGGAGUCCCCACCAAGCUGCAGCCACGCGCCUCUCCUCUGGAUCUGCAGACCGUGAACCCAGCAGCAGCAGCCACAAUGUCUCCUCAGGAACCUUUUACAGCUGCGUCAGUCAGAUCACCAUUGGGUUGGACCUCGGGAGUCAAGUGGCCUUUGGGUUCUCUCACUGGACGAGUCCUUUCCAGUCAAGCGGCCACGAUCUCCCCAGUCCAGACUGUGUCCACUCUGAGGCCUCGGCUGUCCCGCCCGUCGGCGAGCACGCAGAGCCUGUUUCCUGCCCUGCAUCACUGUCCGUCACCCCCCUGCCCACCUGCAGUGCCAGCCAGGAAACCCUGUGCGACAGCAGCACAAAUGUAAGUUCAUCUCUACGUGGAUCUGAGUCCAAGCAACAGAGCCCCCGCCAACACAGAGUGCUGCUGCAGCCCUCAACGUCCGGCUUCAAGGCAGCAGACAGACCACUCACGAUUCUGCACAUCGAGAGGGAGGACAUCAUGGAGGAAUGCUCAGCUGAGGCUCUGGACUCCAGCAUUCAAGACCACGUACCUCCAUUGGCUGUGAAAGAUCUGAAGGUGCUGCUGGAGAAGGAAAAGUCAGAGGGCAUCAGCAGUUCUUCAAGGGACGAUGACUCCACCCUACUGAACCCUGGAACCCACAGCAGCAUCCUUGAUGAGAACACCAAGUCUGAAUCAGGAAUCCCAGAGGAAAAGGGUAAAUUCAGUGGUCUUUGUUUCAGCGAUGGAAAGAGCCACAUAGACUACAUCCUAGUUUACAAGAAGUCCAGCUCCCAGUCAGAGAAGAGGGAGGUAUUUGAGCGAAACAUCCGUGCAGAGGGCUUACACAUGGAAAAAGAGGCAUGUUUAACAAACAGUGAUGUGAUCUUCCUCAAGCUUCACGCACCAUGGGAUGUCCUCUGUCGCUAUGCAGAACUCAUGAACAUCCGCAUGCCUUUUAGGAGGAAGAUCUUUUACAUGCACCGACGACACAAGUUUUUGAGCAGGAUGGAGAAACGCAUCAACCAAUUUCGUGGAUGGCUUCCCCGCAAGCCCAUGAAGUUUGACAGUGACACUCUUCCAUACUUGGAAGAGAACGAAAGCUUCACUGCCCCCUUCAGUCGAUCAAGGAUCCAUCAUUUCAUCGUCCACAACAAGGAAACUUUUUUUAACAAUGCCACCAGAAGUCGCAUCAUCCAUCACAUUCUUCAACGGGUCAAGUAUGAAGAGGGGAAAAAUAAGAUGGGGCUCAAUCGUCUUUUGAGCAACAGCUCGUAUGAGGCAGCUUUUCCUCUUCAUGAGGGCAGCUACCACAGUAAAAAGUCCAUCAGGACACAUGGAGCAGAGAACCAUCGGCACUUGCUGUACGAAUGUUGGGCCUGGUGGGGGGUCUGGUACAAGUACCAACCACUGGACCUCAUCAGGAGAUAUUUUGGGGAGAAGAUCGGUCUGUACUUUGCUUGGCUGGGCUGGUACACGGGGAUGCUGUUUCCUGCAGCGGUGGUCGGUCUUUUUGUGUUCCUGUACGGUGUUUUUACUUUGGAGCACUGCCCAGUCAGCAAAGAGAUCUGCCAGGCCACUGACAUCAUCAUGUGUCCCAUAUGUGAUCAGUAUUGUCCCUAUCUGAGACUGUCAGACAGCUGCAUCUACGCCAAGGUCACCCAUCUCUUUGACAAUGGAGCAACAGUUUUCUUUGCAGUAUUCAUGGCAGUUUGGGCAACAGUCUUCCUAGAGUUCUGGAAAAGACGCAGAGCUGUCCUCGCAUACGACUGGGACCUCAUCGACUGGGAGGAAGAGGAGGAUGAAAUACGACCCCAGUUUGAGGCCAAGUACUCCAAAAGGGAGAGGAUGAACCCCAUAUCAGGAAAACCUGAGCCUCACCAGGCCUUCUCUGACAAAUACAGCCGCCUCCUCGUCUCAGCAUCUGGAAUAUUCUUCAUGAUACUGGUGGUGAUUGCCGCUGUGUUUGGCAUCGUGAUUUAUCGUGUGAUCACUGUCAGCACCUUCGCUGCCUUUGGCUGGGCGCUCAUCAGGAACAACUCUCAGGUGGCCACCACAGGCACAGCAGUCUGCAUCAACUUCUGCGUCAUCAUGCUCCUCAACGUGCUUUAUGAAAAAGUUGCUCUUCUUCUCACAAAUUUAGAGCAGCCGAGAACAGAGUCGGAGUGGGAGAACAGCUUCACCUUCAAGAUGUUCCUGUUUCAGUUCGUCAACCUUAACAGCUCCACGUUUUAUAUCGCCUUCUUUUUAGGAAGGUUCACGGGGCGUCCAGGUGCGUAUCUACGCCUCAUCAAUCGCUGGAAACUAGAAGAGUGCCACCCAAGUGGCUGCCUCAUUGACCUCUGUAUGCAAAUGGGAAUUAUUAUGGUGCUAAAACAGACGUGGAACAACUUCAUGGAGCUUGGCUACCCGCUCAUUCAGAACUGGUGGACGAGACGGAGGCUGAGGAGAGAGCAUGGCCACCACACCAUGGCCAGUCUGCCGCAGUGGGAGAAGGACUACAACCUCCAGCCAAUGAACGCCUACGGACUCUUUGACGAAUACUUGAAGAUGAUUCUGCAGUUUGGCUUCACCACCAUCUUUGUGGCGGCGUUCCCUCUCGCUCCUCUCCUGGCUCUGAUCAACAACAUCAUUGAGAUCCGUUUGGACGCGUUCAAGUUUGUCACACAGUGGCGCCGACCUCUGCCCUCCCAGGCCAAAGACAUCGGAAUCUGGUACGGCAUUUUGGAAGGAAUCGGCAUCUUGUCCGUCAUCACCAACGCCUUCGUCAUCGCCGUUACAUCAGACUUCAUCCCUCGCCUCGUUUACGCCUACAAGUAUGGACCCUGUGCUGGUCAGAGCCAGUCAGGAGAGGGGUGCAUGAUGGGAUACGUUAAUGCCAGUUUGUCCAUUUUCCAAGUGUCAGACUUUGAGAAGAAAUCUCAGCCCAGAACUAACGGCUCUGAACUGUUUGAAGAAGCUGUAAAGUUCUGCAGGUAUCGUGAUUACAGAGAACCUCCAGACUCGGCUGAGCCAUACUCCUACACUCUGCAGUUCUGGCACGUCCUGGCUGCUCGGCUGGCAUUCAUAAUCGUUUUUGAGCACAUGGUGUUCGCCAUCAAGACCCUGAUUGCAUAUCUAAUCCCCGACCUCCCCAAGGACCUGCGGGACAGGAUGCGCCGAGAGAAGUACCUGAUCCAGGAGAUGAUGUACGAGGCCGAGCUGGAGCGGCUGCAGAAGGAGAGAAACGAGAAGAGGAAGAAGGGCCGAGUCCACCACAAGGAGUGGCCCUGA